AUGCCAGUGACGAAGCGCCCGCUGACGACAGCCGUGGCCGUGGUGGCGCUGAACGCGGCGCUCUGGUGCUCCGCCAACUCCGCCUACGACUUCGUCUGCAACCUGCCGUACUGGCAGCGCCAGAGGGAGCGCCGCCGGCAAGAGCGGGAGCUACAGGUGCUGCUUGAGAGGCAGAGAGGGGAGCAGCUACAGCCGACUGCGCAACAAAGUGAGGUGAGCCGCACUCUCGCCCCGUUUCCCCCACCGCCCAAUGCCCCUCGGUCUCUCCCCCCACCGUGCAGCGCUGCUGCAGAGGCUGCUGCAGCACGCGCGCGCCUACGCGGAAAAAGGCAGGACUGUGUGGGGACUGGUGGGGGUACUGGUGGGGGGACUGGUGGGGGUACUGGUGGGGGGACUGGUGGGGGUACUGGUGGGGGGACUGGUGGGGGUACUGGUGGGGGUACUGGUGGGGGGACUGGUGGGGGUACUGGUGGGGGUACUGGUGGGGGUACUGGUGGGGGUACUGGUGGGGGUACUGGUGGGGGUACUGGUGGGGGUACUUGUGUGACGAGGCUGAGCGGAAGUAGUCUGGCAGAGGGUAACCUCAUUCCUCAGAAGACGAGGGCAGCAGGAUAUGAGGCAAGGCUGGUGCUCACAGCAGCAUGGCAAGCGUAUGCGGAGAGCUGGAGGGCGGAGUUCAACCGAGGCAAGGCAGCCCCGCCAGCAGGGGAGGCGGAUGGGGAGGCGCACGUGGGGGUCGAGGAGGGUGGGGAGGAGGAGAGGCGGAGGAAGGAGGUGGGGAGGGGUGAUUCGGCAUCAAGUGGCACAUUGGUGGAGGAGUUAGGUGGAGCAGGCAAGGCGGGGGCGAGGGCGCUGCUACCGUGGCUACAGCAGCGGUACAUGGAGCGAGUGGCCGCCUAUGCUGACUCCCUCAAGCAGUUUGUGCUUGGCUACCGCGAGGGCUUUGCCCAAGCCUCCUCCCCCUCCGCCUCCUCCCCCGCAGCCUCCUCCGCCUCUUCCUCCUCCUCUCCUUCCUCCUCCUCCACCUUUGCACCCCUGUCUCCCGAUGCUUUUCCCGAGCAGCCCACUCAGGAUACCCUUUCUGCCGCUGCUGCUUCCCCUGCCUGUCCUGCUUCUCACCCGCAGGCUGUCAGUGCUGCUGCCACCACCACCACGCUUGACGCGCAUGCAUGCCCACCUCUUCCUCAUUCUGCCCCUUCUGCGCCUCCUGCAUCUCAUGCUUCUGCUGCUGCUGCUGCCCCAUCUGUAUGCACGUCACCGUCCACCACAAGUAACUCUGCUGCCGAAUCACAGCAUGCUGCCGCAACUGCUGUUCCUUACGAACCACCUGAAUACCCACCUGAGGCCGUACCUGAGGAGGCACCCGGAGAUUCACCGGAGGAACUUGUGAAGAAAACAUCAAGCUCUUUUUGA